AUGCACGCGAUGGGGCUGCACUCGGCGCUGGCCAUCAAGCGGCAGCGCAAGCGGCGCGAGGAGCAGCGGCGGGCGCGCGAGCGCCGCUUCAGCACGCAGAGCACCGAGUCGGGCCUCACGUCGCCGCACAACAGCAUCGCCAGCCUGGACCGGCAGCGCGGCACACGCCGCACCGCCGCCCACUCCAAGGCCACCGGCGACGCCGUCGGCUCCAAGGUGGUGACCAGCGUGGGCAUGAUGCACAUCGGCGUGGUGUUCCUGGUGCUGGGCGCCUUCCUGCUGGUGUCGGGGCUGCUGCCCACCGACCUCACCUCCUGGAGCACGCUGCCCGGCGGCGCCUGGUUCAACGAGCUGUCCAUCACGGGCGCGUUCGCCCUGUUCAUCGGCGUCUUCCUCGUGGUGCUGAACCGCAUCAUCUCGAAGCGCGAGGAGGACGUGCUGAACGAGUACGUGCAGCGGCAGCUGACGCGCUCGCGCUCGGGCCACCGGCUGGUGCGCGACGUGGAGACGGGCUGCCUGACGACGCGCGCGCAGCAGCGGCCGCGCACCACCGAGGAGUCGGCCGCGUCGACGCCGGACCCCGAGGCGGCGGAGCCCGCGCCGCUGCACCUGCCGGCGGGCGGCGCGCUCGCCGGGGGCGGGCCGGCCUCGCCGCGCUCGCCGCCGCUCGCCGACGGCCUGCUGUCGCCGCACCACCAGCUGGAGCAGAUCGCCGAGGAGGAGCCGCUGCCCGCGCUCGCGCCCUACUGCGAGAAGGGCGAGGACGAGGCGCGCGGCCGCCACGGCAAGGACGUCUGCUCCAACGGCUCCACCACCGGCGGCAGCCUCAGCCCCGGGUCGCCGUCCGAGACGCAGGAGCUGCUGUCGGCGCGCGCGCGCUUCCUCAACAUGUGA